CAUAAAUAAAGCAAACAAUUUUUAAUCGCAUCUUUGGAAAAUUGCCCUUUUGUACCAGGUAUGAUCGAUGUAUUAACAUCCUAUGAAAGGGAAAAUCCUAUUUUUAGAUUGUAUUAUCCUUCAGACGAAAGUUCAGAUCAAGAACAAAGCCCAAAUCGAUGGAAAAACUGGUUACUGGAUGAAAGCUACCUGAAAGGAAUAUCUAAAGUUCUCAUGUUGUAUCCUUUCAUUAUGAAAUUAGUUUUUGGUGGUCAGCUAAAACAAAAAUACCAGCGAUAUACGGGGCGAGAAUUAUUAGAAAUAAAAAAAUUAAAAUGUAUAGUUCUAUCUCAUGGAUUAGGUGGAAAUAGGUUUCUUUAUACGAAUAUCUGUUGUGAAUUGGCUUCCAGAGGGUUUUUGGUUGUAGCUUUAGAGCAUAGGGACAAUUCCGCAUCAAAUACAUAUUAUUACGAAAAUAAAUCAGACGCAGAGCGCGAUUUCAAGAAAACCAUCGAAUUCAAGCACAUAAAACUAGGAAAAGAACAUCACAACGUUCGGUACGAACAAAUAAAAGCUAGAUUCAGCGAAUGCGAGCGAGUUUUGCACUUUUAAAAGACCAUACACCGUCGCAAAAACAAGAAUUACCAGUUUAAAUUAGACGAUUUGGCGGGAAAUGUGGAUUUGGAAGGACUGUGUAUGAUGGGGCACUCAUUCGGUGGUGCUACAGCUUUGUAUACUUUAUCAAAAAGAUCAGAAUUCAAGGUUGGUGUUUUACUGGAUCCCUGGAUGUUCCCGGUAAAGAACGAAAAUUUAAGAAAAAUAACGCAACCCUUGUUAUUUAUUAAUACGCAAACAUUUCAUAUAGCUGCAAAUGUUGAUGCCAUGUCCAAACUACUUAGUUCCGAUUGUGUUAGGAACAUGUACACCAUAAAACAUACGACGCACGAAAAUCAGACAGAUUCAGUGCUUCUGAUUGGUUAUUGGUUGAAUUGGUUUAUGAAAAAGUUAGAUCCUUUGGUCGCAUUAAGAAUCAACAAUUCAUUGAUAUUCACAUUUUUAAAUAAACAUAUUAAUUUUCCUAAUGACGUUACAGAGUGUGAACAAUUGUUAGAAAAAGAAGCAGUAAAUGUUGAAGAAGGAUUAACUAAACCUUGGGCUUAAAUAUACCGUAUGACCGAAAAGAAACAGCUUCAAGUUGACUCCGGAAUGACGAAUCGUUAAAAAACCCGUAUAAUUCUACAUAUAAAAAUUCAUUUCCAAGCCAACUCUGACACCGAUUUUUUUUCGAUUGUAUGGUUUUUUAUCUGUAAUAAUUUUUGUAUUUGUUUUGUAUUUUUUUACUGAAAAGUGGCAUGGGAUGGCAAAUAAAUAUAUUAUUGUUUUUCAA